GCCACGCACCAGCAGCAGAGACCGCGGAGACGCUCUCUCGCCAUCGCCAGUCGCCCAUGGCCACGGGCACCGGCCGUCCGUGGUGGGCGCCGGCGCCGCCCGCGGCGGCUCGCUCCGCCCCGCUGUUCCCCUCCCCGCCGUCGUCGUUCACGGCCGACCCGCCGGCGGAGUUCCUCUGCCCGAUCUCCGGCACGCUGAUGGCGGACCCCGUCGUCGCGCCGCCGGGCCAGACCUUCGAGCGCGCCUGCAUCCAGGCCUGCGCCGCGCUCGCCUUCUCCCCGCCCACUGUCGCCGUUGACCUCUCUGAGUCCCACUCCUGCUCCUCCGCCCCGCUCGUGCUCAUCCCCAACGUUGCGCUCCGCAACGCCAUCCUCAACUGGUGCGACCGCCUCGCCCUGCCACACCCGUCACCGAUGUCGCCGGACACCGCCCACGACAUCGUGCGCCGCCUCAUGCCGCAGGACCGGCAGCGGAGCUCGCUGGCGCAGCGCCCGCAGCCGCAGGUGCAGCAGCAGCCGAGCUCCAGGCAGCGGGGCGACGCUCUGGAGGAGGAGAUCAUGGCCGCGCUCGGCACGGAGGGCGCCACCCCCGCGGAGCAGGCGUCCGCGAUGGCCUUGCUGCGGCAGGCCACGCGGGAGAACCGGGAGGUACGGAGGCAGCUCUGCACGCCGCGCCUCCUCGCCGCGCUGCGCCCCAUGCUGCUGUCGGCCGACGCCGACGUCCAGGUCAACGCGGCCGCAGCGGUGGUCAACCUGUCGCUGGAGCCCGAGAACAAGGUGCGGAUCGUGCGGUCCGGCGCGGUGUCGCCGCUCGUGGACGUGCUCCGCGGCGGCCACACGGAGGCGCGCGACCACGCCGCGGGCGCCAUGUACAGCCUCGCCGUGGAAGACGAGAACCGCGCCGCCAUCGGCGUGCUCGGCGCCAUCCCGCCGCUGCUGGACCUGUUCGCGGGCGCCGCCGCCCACCGCGCGCGGCGCGAGGCCGGGAUGGCGCUCUACCACAUCUCCCUCUCCGGGAUGAACCGCCCCAAGAUCGCGCGCGCGCCGGGCGCUGUCCGGACGCUGCUGGCAGUGGCAGCCGCGGAGGCGCGGCGGGACCGCGCGAGCGACGCCGACGCCGCCGCGCUCCGGAGGCUGGCCGCCAUGAUCCUGGCCAACCUCGCGGGCUGCCCCGACGGGCGCGCCGCGCUGAUGGACGGCGGCGCGGUGGCCGCGGUCGUCAGGCUGAUGCGCUGCGGCUCCGCGGCUCCCGGGAGCACGGAGGAGGAAUACUGCAUAUCCACGCUGUACGGGAUGAGCCGGGGCAGCAUGAGGUUCCGCGGGCUCGCGCGCGCCGCGGGGGUCGAGGCCGCGCUGCAGCCGGUGGCCGAGGGCGGCGGCGGCGUGCGGCGAGACCUGGCGCGGCGCACGCUGCGGGCUAUGCGCGGCGAGGAUGACGAGGCGCCGGCCAUGGACAGCGGGCUACUCGGACGGCAGUGGGACGACGGCAGCGUCGUGUCGGAGGGGCUCGUGUCCAUCCGGCGGCCGCCGCCGCACCGUAGCAAUCACGCCGGGCCGUCCGGGUCAAACACAACCCAGUUCUGAAAAGAAUAGCAAAGUCAAAGUCUUCGUUUUCUGUACGCUGUUCUGCCGUCUCGGUUCAAGUCUUGAACUGUACAAUACCAGAAAAAUACUGCAAGGUACUUCUUGUCUUGUAUAAACUGUAAAGUUGAUUCUUUUGUUUCAAUUGAAAUGGAACUUUAUUGGAUUUGUGCAAGGCUUUUUGGCUGAAUUUCUGAAACUGUAAUUGAGAUCAGGGAAAGGGAAGGGUGCUGGGUCUGUAAUAUUAUUGAUAUCAAGUUGACCAUAUGCAAAUUUAACCCUUAUUUGGAACACGAGAAUUUUUUUGAUUCAA